CGGGGCGCCGCCGCCUCCUGCCACGGCAGUUUCCUCCUCCAGCCGGGAGCCCGGGGCGCCGCCGACUCAGCCAUCCUCCACCACGGCUCGGGCCGGGACGCCGUCGCCUCGAACCUCCUCCGGACACGCCGCCUCGGCCAAGCUCGUCCCGUCGCCGUCGCCAUCGCCUGCGGGUCGCCCGGGCCAGCGCCGCCUCGAAUAUCCUCCCGCCGGCGCCGGAUCCAGCCUGCCCCCGCUGCCGCCUGUGAGUCGGCCGGCAGCCGCCAUCGCCACCAACCUCCUCCCCCCGCCGCCUCGUCCAAGCUCGUCCCGCCGCCCUCGCCUGUGGCUCGGCUGGGCCAGCUCCGCCUCGAAUCUCCUCCCGCCGGCGCUAGAUCCAUCCUGCCCCUGCUGCCGCCUGAGUCGGCCGGCCGCCGCCUUCGCCUCCAACCUCCUCACGAAGUUGUUGCCAUCGGCGUCUCCUUGGACCUGCUCCUGCUGCAGCCCGUGACUCGGCCAGCCGUCGCCGCCAUAGCUGCAUCAGCAACUGGAUCUUCAUCGCAAUCAUAGCUGCGACUGUUUCCCACCUAAUUUGUUGCUUAUACGGGGGCUUGGAAAUGGAAGUAGAUGAGGAGAGUGCAGCAGUGGUUAUGGUGAGAUUUGUAUUCCGGGGAGUUUCUGAUUUGGCUGGAGGGGAGCCAACAUGGUCGUCGACAAGCCUGAUGAAGCUGGCAUCUAUUAAUGCACUCAAAGUGGCAGUGGAGUUCAUUGGUACAGUAGGCAAACAGAAGUCAACAACGCUAGCAGAAAGUGCUUUCUUAUGAGAAGUCAACAAUUUCAUCAGCUGUAAUGGGUAACUGUAGCUGUAAUGGGUAACUGUAAUUUGCAGUAUGUUCCCUUAAAAGGUGAAGAUGCCAUAAGAAUUUUCAGAUACUUCACAAAUUUAGCCAUGCAGCAUCCAUAUAAGAGGCAGCUGCACAGCCUACAGUAAAACAUGGGGUUGAGAACUGCUACGUCUUCAAGAGCCGUCUGCAAGAAUAUGCGCAGAAGGCCGGUCUCCAGACUCCAGAGUAUCAUACUCUCAAGGAGGGACCUUCCCAUGAGCCCAUCUUCAAGUCCACAGUGGUGAUUAACAACACCAAGUAUGACUCCCUGCCCGGAUUCUUCAACAGAAAGGCUGCCGAACAGUCUGCUGCUGAAGUUGCCCUCAUGGAAAUCGUCAAGUCCAUACCAACCAAUGCAAACAUUCCAGCAGUUCAAGAAACUGGGCUCUGCAAGAAUCUUCUUCAGGAGUAUGCCCAGAAGAUGAAUUAUGCUAUUCCAUCUUAUAUUUGCACCAAACAAGCCUCAGGCUUAGCUCCUUUCAUAUGCACUGUAGAGAUUGGUGGAAUACAAUAUAUUGGUGCUGCAGCCAGAACAAAGAAAGAGGCAGAGAUAAAAGCUGCCCGAACUGCUCUUCUUGCAAUCCAAGGUCAAUCAGAGAGUUGUGCAAAUGGUGAUACAAAACAUGUUGUAGUUCCUGGUAAAAGGCAAGGUAAGGAGGCAGAGAAAAGGCCAAGUGAAACCCCAAAACCACUUAAAGCCAAGAAAGGUGGUUUCAAGAAGAAAUGGAACAAGAGGAAGUUCAUGAAGAAGAAUGGCCAAGCUGUUGAUGUGGAAAAGGAUGAAACUAUAUUGGCUGGAGAUGCUCAUGAUCCUGAUGUCCUAAUGCAGGCAACAGUAAUAACACAGGAGCCAUCCAGCGACACUCUGUUCCUGCAACCUUAUGAGGACGCUAAAAGAGUAGAACUGGAGCCACCUAGAGAUAUUGAAAUUGUGCAACCUAGUAAGGAACCCAGUGACGCUGCAAUGCUGCAACCUGAAGAGAAAGCUAGAAGAGUAGAACAGGAUUCUUCCAGAGAUACUUCAACGGUGCAACCUAAUGAGGAAGCCAUAAGUGUAAAGCUGGAGCCAUCCAUCGACUCUACAAUGUUGCAACCUUAUAAAAAAGCUGGAAGAGUAGAAUUGGAGCCAGCCAGAGAUGCUGCAAUUGCUCAACAUAAUAACCAAGAUAGAAGUGUAAAGCAUGAGCCAGAUAGUGACACUGCAAUGAUAAAACCUGACGAGGAUGCUAGGAUCGUUAAGGAGACACUGAGGGCACAACCUAAUGGGGAAGCUGCAAGCAUAAAGGAGCUUAAAUUUGAGGAUAGUGAAUCUUUGUAUGAACACAAGAGCCAAAGUUCAGAUGUUGCUUCUCCGGAGACAAACAAGGUAUUUGGAGAUAUGACAGGAAUGGAUUCAGAUCCUCAAUUAAUAUGAGCGAAGAAUAAGUUGCUGAAUCAAAAUGCAAUGGCCUACCAGUAUAGAGACAUCUGAAGAAUAGGAAGAUGUAUGUGGCUGAGAAUAGUUAGUUCAUUCAUAUUUGCCAUUGGUAGCUACA